GGAGAGUGGUAACAGCCAGUUGACCCACUGUACCAAGAAGAAGGUCAGGAGUACAGCUCGCAUGCAGCUAGGUGAGCAGGUAGAGUGAGGGAAGCUUGGGGACAUUCUUUCCCAGUUACAUCAAUUUUCUCAAUGAAACAGGAAGCCAAGGUCACCAGCAAGAGUAAACAAGUGGGAGGUGAGGAAGAAAGUAUGGCAGAGCCAUCUAGGAGAGUUGGAGAAUAAACGGAGCAAGGUGUGCAGCUCAGAUGCUGUCUAGCAGUGGCUGUUCUGAGCAAUUUGUACUGGCUUUUCUAAUAAAGUCUCACAACAGCCUAUGAAGUAAGUGCUAUUAUUUACCUCACCUACAGAUAAGAAUUGAAGCACAAAGUGGUCAUGAAACUUGUCCAUAGUCUCACAGCAAGAAAGCCAGGAUUUGACUACCAGUGAUCUGUUUCCAGGGCCUAAAUACUUAAUCACUAGGUUAGGCUGAUUCAGUUAAACAUAUGAAAACUUGUCACGGGGCUGAACUAAAUAGAAUAGAAUAAAGGUUGAAUUAAUGUUUGUGGUGCAACCACUCUGUGUCAAGCUCUGCACUAGAUUAUGUAGCAAAAACCCUUUGAGUUGUGGUUAUUAUCAACCCCAUUUUACUGAUGAGGACAUUAAGGCCUCGAAAGAUUCAGUUGCUUGUUAAAAGUCGAAGAGCUAGCAAAUGGAAGCCCACACCCUGUAUACAGCCCACACACUCUGAUUCUAAAGCCCAUGCCCUGUGUGCAACGCCAAAGAAUGCUUACUGUAUGUGAGUGGGUCUACCUAGCUUAAGUUGAUUCAUUAAAACAAAUACAUCAAAACCCUCCCUACAUCAGGCUGAGAUCACUUGCAAACUUCAUCCUGGGCAGCUGGAGAGCUUGGGACAUGGUCUUUACAGCAGGAAGAAUGUAAAAGAAGAUAACGUUGGGGGAAUGCUGGUUGUUUUUCUGACCAUUUUUAGAUGCUUGAUCCAUUAGGUGAGGAAGAGGAGAGCUUAGAGUUGAGGUGUAUGAUGGGAGUCUGGACAUUUUCUUUUAAUUAAAACUAUAGCCUUUUAUAACAGAAGCACCCAUUCUGGUUUUUCAAGCAUUUCCAAAAACUAUUUUCUCAAAACAGAGUGCUCAUAAUGUAUCAUCCUCACUCACUGAAGAGCCACCCACUUCCUCCAAUGCAAGGAAGCAGACAGUUAAAAAAAAAACCCCAAGAGGCAGCAGUUGUUUAUCACGACCUCAACUCAGUGAGGCCUGAGAUUCUUUCGAAAAGGAGCUUUGCUUCCCAUGACGCAGAGGGAAGUGUCAACUGGGACAUUUCUGGUAAAACUGAAAGCUAGAAAAGCAGGGUGCCAGCCACUGUGGGCCUAAGGGUGCAGGCUGGGGGAGUUUGGGUGCCAUCCUUAAGUGACAGAUGGAUGGACCUUUCAUCUAAGAGAAACGAGGAGAAAUGUUGGCAAAUCAACCUCAAGCCUAAGAUUGCCUGUGAAGCAAUCAUAAGGAGGAACAAAAACAGACACAAAAACAGAGGGAAAGAGCAAAAAGGCAAGAAGGACGCAAACUGUGACAGACUCACCGCUUCACUAGCUACUCACCUAAACUGGAAGCAAAAUGUCCCUAAAAUUGCCAAGGACCUGGGAUUUCAACCUGAAGGUGGAGGCUGCGAAAAUAGCUCGGUCAAGGAGCGUGAUGACCGGCGAGCAGAUGGCGGCCUUCCAUCCAUCGUCCACCCCCAACCCGCUGGAGAGGCCCAUCAAGAUGGGCUGGCUGAAGAAGCAGAGGUCCAUCGUGAAGAACUGGCAGCAGAGGUACUUUGUGCUGAGGGCGCAGCAGCUCUACUACUACAAGGACGAAGAGGACACGAAGCCCCAGGGCUGCGUAUAUCUACCAGGAAGUACAAUCAAGGAGAUCGCCAUAAACCCAGAAGAAGCUGGGAAGUUUGUCUUUGAAAUUAUUCCAGCAUCAUGGGACCAGAAUCGCAUAGGACAGGACUCCUAUGUCCUCAUGGCCAGCUCCCAGGCAGAGAUGGAGGAGUGGGUUAAAUUCCUCAGGAGAGUUGCCGGCGCACCCUCUGGAGUGUUUGGCCAGCGCUUGGAUGAGACUGUGGCCUAUGAACAGAAAUUUGGCCCCCAUCUGGUGCCCAUCCUGGUGGAGAAAUGUGCAGACUUCAUCCUGGAGCACGGUAGGAAUGAAGAGGGCAUCUUCCGUCUGCCUGGGCAGGACAACCUGGUGAAGCAGCUGAGAGAUGCCUUUGAUGCCGGAGAACGUCCCUCCUUUGACAGAGACACAGAUGUGCACACUGUGGCUUCCCUGUUAAAGCUCUACCUCCGAGACCUCCCAGAGCCCGUGGUUCCCUGGAGCCAGUAUGAAGGGUUCCUGCUCUGUGGGCAGCUCACGAAUGCAGAUGAGGCAAAGGCUCAGCAGGAGUUGAUGAAGCAGCUCUCCAUCCUUCCUCGUGACAACUAUAGUCUCCUGAGCUAUAUCUGCAGGUUCCUACAUGAAAUACAGCUGAACUGUGCUGUUAAUAAGAUGAGCGUGGACAACCUGGCUACUGUGAUUGGUGUGAAUCUCAUCAGGUCGAAGGUUGAAGACCCUGCUGUGAUCAUGAGAGGGACUCCUCAGAUCCAAAGAGUGAUGACUAUGAUGAUCAGAGAUCAUGCAGUCCUUUUCCCCAAGUCCAAGGAUGUACCGCUGUCACCCCCUGCCCAGAAAAACGACCCCAAGAAAGCUCCAGUGGCCCGAAGCUCUGUGGGCUGGGAUGCCACUGAAGACCCCCGAAUUUCUAGGACAGACAGCUUCAGUAGCAUGACAAGCGACUCUGACACAACCAGUCCCACCGGACAGCAGCCGAGCGAUGGGUUUCUGGAGGACAGCAGCAAAGCACCCAGGGAGAAGCCAGGAGAUUGGAAGAUGCAGUCUCGAAAAAGGACUCAGACACUCCCUAACCGGAAAUGUUUCUUGACAUCAGCUUUUCAAGGUGCCAACAGCAGCAAAAUGGAGAUCUUUAAAAAUGAGUUCUGGUCACCUUCAGAGGCAAAGGCAGGGGAAGGGCACAGGAGAACGAUGUCUCAAGACUUGCGCCAACUUUCUGACUCCCAGCGGACUUCUACCUAUGAUAACGUCCCUUCCCUGCCAGGGUCCCCUGGGGAGGAAGCCAAUGCACUCUCUUCCCAAGCCUGUGACUCCAAGGGAGAUACUCUUGCCAGUCCAAACUCUGAAACUGGGCCUGGAAAAAAGAACUCUGGAGAAGAGGAACUUGAUUCUUUGCAGAGGACAGUCCGGGACUUACAAAAGGAAAUAGAAACACAGAAGCAAAUGUAUGAGGAACAGAUUAAAAACCUUGAGAAGGAGAAUUAUGAAGUUUGGGCUAAGGUGGUGAGGCUCAAUGAAGAACUGGAGAAGGAAAAGAAGAAGUUUGCAGCCUUAGAGAUCAGCCUCCGCAACGUGGAGCGCUCCCGGGAAGAUGUGGAGAAGAGGAACAAGGCCUUGGAAGAAGAAGUCAAGGAAUUUGUCAAAUCCGUGGAGGAACCCAAGACCGAGGAGGCUUAAGGGUCGCAAGAGUACUGCAAGAACAGCCUGAGGGAGACCCAACUCUGACUCCUGUCUCAGUGCUACCUGAUGACGGGAAACAAAAUUACUCUCUAAGAGGGAAAGGACAUUUUGAAGGAGACAUCAACUUUCCCCAUAAAUAAAAGAAUGGAGUUUGCAGGAAGGGGAGGGUGAGCAGAGAUGUGUGUGGACAUCUCUGACCAUCCAUUGCUGUGUUCAAAUGGAUCAUGUUAUUUCACUCUGGUCUCAGGCAUGACCAUGUCCAGCGAAGACAUUUGAAGCAGGUCACAUCUCAGGACCCAGGCAACAGACUGGCUGCAGCACAGGCUGAGCUGAGGUGUGAUUAAUUCUUUGUUUUUUGUAUGGAACAGCUCCCUUGCCAGACAGCCUCAGGGCAUCUCUGAGACACAGGGGCAGAAAAUGACAUUCAGCUUUUGACUCCUCAUCUAUGUAGUGCUGUGUUGUUGGGGGCUGCAUCUGCUAAAGCCAGAACCCCAUUCGGCUAUCCCACCAUGAUGCCCAUUCUCCAGGGAUUCUCCAACUUAUUAUUAUUAUUAGACUAAACCAGGACAAGCAACAAACUGUAUUUAUAAAAGCAAAAUUGAUGAGAAAAUUAUGUCAGAAAAAAAAAAAAAAAAAAAAGCAAAGCUAUUGCUAAUCCACACAGCACUUU